AUGAGCUGUUUCGGGUACCGUCGAGAGCUGAGCAAGUAUGAGGACGUCGACGAGGACGAGCUUUUGGCCUCCCUCAGUCCCGAGGAGCUGGCUGAGCUGGAGAAGGAGCUGGCAGACAUUGAUCCUGAUGCCAACGUGCCUAUUGGACUCAGACAGAGAGACCAGACAGACAAAACGCCGACGGGCACCUUCAGCAGGGAGGCCCUCAUGAAGUAUUGGGAAAAUGAGACACGGAAACUGCUAGAGGACGAGAUCGCUGGAGGCAGCCCCAAACCGGAUGAGGAACAAGAAGAGGAGUGUGUGACAGAGAGAAAUAGCGAAGCAGAGGAUGAAAAAGAUGAGGAAAGCGAAAAGGAAAAGAAAGAGAGCACAAAAUUAAAGGAGGAGGAGGAAGAGGAGGAGGAGGAAGAAGAAGAGGAAGAAGAGGAAGAGAGUGAGGAAGAAGCAGUGACAGAGGAGGAUGACGAGGAGGAGGACGAGGAGGAGGAGGAGGAAGAGGAACUCCAACAUGAUAAAACAAAACCUGAACCGCCAAAAGACUUUGGUCCAAGAAGCGACACCCCAAAGCUUCUCAAACCUCAGAGGGUGGAGCCUAUGAGACUGACUCCUCCCCCUCCACCUGCCGACCCCAACGCCAACGGCAACCCCACCGUGGUCGACGAAGCUCUCGAGCGGGCCCUGAACAACGAUCCUGAGCUCACAGAGGUCAACCUCAACAACAUUGAUGACAUCUCGCAGGAAACUCUGAUCCGAUUUGCCGAAGCGCUGAGGUCCAACACACACGUGCGGGUCUUCAGCCUGGCGAACACCCGAGCUGAUGACCCCGUGGCGCUGGCCAUCGCUAAGAUGCUGCGGGAGAACUCGUCCAUCACCAGUCUGAACAUCGAGUCCAACUACGUGACGGGGAAGGGAGUAAUGGCUCUGGUUCAAGCACUUCCAGGAAACAACACCCUGACUGAGCUCCGCUUCCACAACCAGAGACACAUGUGUGGAGGACAGGUGGAAAUGGAGAUGGUGAAGAUUCUGCGGGAAAACUACACCUUGAUCAAGCUGGGUUACCAGUUCAACCUCCCUGGUCCCAGAAUGAGCAUGACUGGGAUCCUUACCAGGAACCAGGACCGCCAGAGACAGAAGCGGCUGCAGGAACAGAGGCAGCAGCAGGGCCAACAGGGGGCGCCGGAGGGAGCUGCCGUUUACCUUCGCACCACUGCUCUGAAGGGAACACCCAGCUCAUCGCCUUACAGCUCACCCAGAGCCUCCCCUUGGUCCUCACCCAAGCUCCCCCGACAUGACCCUGUGAAAAAACAAACCCCCCCUGCUCCCCCUCCUCCUCCACCUCCUCCCCCGCCUCCUCCUCCCCCACCGCCUCCGCUGCCUCCCCCAACACGGGAGAAGAAGAAGCCCACCAGGAUGAUCGCGGAGGUGAUCAGGGCGCACGAGGAGGGCAGCAAGAGGGAGGUGAAGAUGAAGGGGAAGAAAGGGAAGAAGGGGAGAGCAAAGGAGAGGAGAGAGAAGGAGGAGACGAGCAGCAUCCUGAAGGAGCUGAAGAACGCGCUGAGGCCCGUGUCGGCGGAGAAGAGAGGGGAGGACGGCAGCAGGCCCUCCACGCCACUGAGGUCAGCCCACGACCAGCUGAUGGAGUCCAUCCGGACCAGCAGCAUCCGCAACCUGAGACGGGUGGAACUCCCACAUCAUCUCCGAUAAUGGAAGAGGAUGAACUCACAGGUCCGUUUCUUGUCAUGGAAAUUGGGAAUUUGAAAAAUUGGAUGAAGGCUCGACCAACAACGAUUGAAAGCACAAGGUGAAAACAUGUUGGGAUUACUGAGGAGA